ACAUCCUCCGCUGAAUGAUAAAGCCGCUACGCCGGGAACUGAAGGCAGGAUCGAGUAAAUAAGAACCUAGCUUAAAAAAACACAUUUAGCCUGUUUCUGUUUAAAGAAAAUAUUGGUGGUUCUUCUCCGGGUAUUGAAGACAUUCGUUAAAGUAACGCGAGCAUCUUCAACUGUCGUCGUGCUGGCUUUUUCCACAGUUUUAUCAACAGCUGGAGGUGAUAGGUUACACCGCAGCAAAGUUAACGGUUAAGUUGAGGGGUUGGUGACGUCAAAAGUGGGGAAAGUGGGCUUAACCAAAGUGUGGACUUUUAAACCGGAAAAGUAAUAAACGACUCCUAUAAAAGAGGAGCAGAGAAAGCAGACGGCAUUGGUGACAGGAAAAGGCACAAGGAGAGUGGAAGAGAGGAAGAAACACCUGCCAAGAUAUCUACCCGCCUGAGAGAGCUGCAUCAUGGGUAAACAGAACAGCAAGCUGCGGCCUGAGGUCCUGAAUGACCUGAGAGAAAACACAGAGUUCACCGACCAUGAGCUGCAGGAGUGGUACCGUGGCUUCCUCAAGGACUGUCCCACCGGCCAUCUCACCGUGGAGGAGUUCAAGAAGAUCUAUGCCAAUUUCUUCCCCUAUGGUGAUGCCUCAAAGUUCGCCGAGCACGUCUUCCGCACAUUUGACACCAAUGGUGAUGCCACCAUCGACUUCAGGGAGUUCAUCAUCGCCCUGAGUGUGACGUCCCGUGGUGGCCUGGAGCAGAAGCUACGCUGGGCCUUCAGCAUGUAUGACCUGGACGGGAACGGGUACAUCAGCCGGGCAGAGAUGCUGGAGAUAGUUCAGGCAAUUUACAAAAUGGUUUCAUCUGUGAUGAAGAUGCCUGAGGAUGAAUCAACACCAGAGAAAAGGACAGACAAGAUCUUCAGACAGAUGGACAUCGACAAUGAUGGUCGAUUGUCUUUGGAGGAGUUCAUCAAAGGUGCCAAGAGUGACCCAUCCAUCGUCAGACUGCUGCAGUCAGAUCAGGGAGCCUCUCGUCAGUUCUGAGGACACAGACUAUGACACAAACACAUGGAUUCAGUUUUAGAGGCUCGGCUUUUACCACACCCGGACAGACAACAACACUCCUUGUCUUAAUGUUUACAUUAAUGGAUAUUUUUUUUAAUGUGGCUCCUUCUCUGUGGACUCUGACAUGUUCUAGAUGAGGUAUUCCUGUCUCCAAAGCUCUCUAAUCUUUAGUUUCUUUUCUCCUUAAGUGAAGUGCCAUAUCAUGUAUUUAUACUGACUGGAUCAUGUGCAAGUAUUAUGAUUCCUGUUAUGUUACACUAAAAGAAAAUUAACUAUAUCACUUGUAUCAUUUAAUCUGACUUACUUAUUGUAAAAAGUGGCUUAUU